AACAUUCCCUUAAGCCAGAGUCUAAUUCAGAGCAGCGCCCUAGCUCUCUCCAAUCCUGUGAAGACUGAGAGAAGUCAGGAAGCUGCAGAAGAAAAGUUUGAAGCUAGCAGAGGUUGGUUUUUGAGGUUUAGGGAAAGAAGCUGUCUCCAUAACAUCAAAGUGCAAGGUGACGCAGCAAGUUCUGAUGCAGGAGCUGCAGCAAGUUAUCCAGAAAAUCUAGCUAAUUGAUGAAGGUGGCUACAGUAGAGAACAGGUUUUCAACGUACUCAAAACAGGCUUACGUUGGAAGAAGAUGCCAUCUAGGACUUUCAUAGCUAAAGAAGAGGAGCCAAUACCUGGCUUCAAAGCUUCAAAGGACAGGCUGACUCUCUUGUUAGGGAUUAAUGCAGCUAGUGGCUUUAAGUUGAAGCUAAUGCUCAUUUACCAUUCGGAAAAUCCUGGCACCCUUAAGAAUUAAGCUAAAUCUGCUCUGCAUAUGCUCCAUAAACAGAAAAACACCGUUAUGACAGCACAUCUGUUUACAACAUGGUUUACUGAAUAUUUUAAGCCCACUGUUGUGACCUACUGCUCAGAAGAUAAGGUUCCUUUCAAAAUAUUACUAUUCAUUGACAAUGGUGACCCAAGAGCUCUGCAGCCCAUGGAUCAAGGAGUAAUUUGGACUUUCAAUUCUUAAAUUACAUUUUGUGAGGCUAUAGCUGUCAUAGAUAGUGAUUCCUCUGAUGGAUCUGGGCAAAGUAAAUUGAAAAUUUUCUGGAAAAGAUUCACCAUCCUAGAUGUCAUUAAAAACAUUCAUGAUUUGUGGGAGGAGAUCAAAAUAUCCACAUUAACAGGAAUUUGAAAGAAGUUGAUUUCAGCCCUCAUGGAUGACUUUGAGGGGUUUAAGAGAAAGUAACUGUACAUGUGGUGGAAAUAGAGAACUAGAAUUAGAAGUGUAACCUGAAGAUGUGACUGAUUUGCUCCAAUUUCAUGUUAAAAUUUUAACAGAUACAGAGUUGCUUCUUAUGGAUGAGCAAAGGUGACCUCUUGAGAUGGAAUCUACUCCUGGUGAUUCUGUGAACAUUUUUGAAAUGACAACAAAGGAUUUAGAGUAUGACGUAAACAUUUGCCAAUUCGAGGUUUACGUGUGUAACUUGGUAACACUAAUUACAUUCAUGUGCAGUCGUUACAAAAUGAGAAUUGUAACGUCUUCUUAGUUACCAAACACAAGGGCAUGCUUUUCUUGUUUCUGCAGAGGUAGUGAUUUUCGUUGUCUUAUAAUAUUAGACUGUGUGUGUGAAGUGUAUGGAUCUAUGUUUUGUUUGUUGAGGGGAACAGGCACUAAUAAUUGGUGUACAUUUGUAUCAGGUCUCAAAAUUUGAGACUUAUGGGGAGAUCUGUAUUCUAUGUUUCCUGUCUCUCACCUGAGCUUUUUUAAUUACCUUUGCUUGUCCCUAUGAAAGGAACAGGGAGGAUGACAGAAUAAUUGAUUUAAAAAAUAGGUGACAUGUAAAAAUUACUAAUUCUCGAAAAGAUUAUUCUUUUUUCCGCAUGUGGAUCUAUCAUCUCCUGAUCUCCUAGAGUUAUUCAAGGAAUUAUGACCAGCUCAGUGCCUUGGGUUUUCAGUUUGUGUGGGCCCCUGGUCCUCUCAUGGCUGUGAGGGGCAAAAGUGGACACUGCCCUUCUACAGUGUUUCCCAGUUGUUAAUACCUCAUCUUUCCUUCACCCUGUGCUUUGUUUUGUUGAGUCUUCUGCUGGGUCUUAUGGAAGGAAGUGAAAGUGUUCAAAAGGAAGUGAUGAUCUGAAUUAGAGCAAUUCUCUAAUUUCUAUGUUUUUUAACUGUUGUAGACCAUAAACAGAGAAAUAAGACUGCAAUAGGUCACAGUCAAACUGUAGAGAUAUUAUUUCAGUGUGUUGGAAGUCUAUGAGACAGGAUGCAAUCAGUGAGGAAGUGAAUGUAGUUAGCGUAGGGAUGAGGCUGAUGGCUAUACCCUAGAGUAGACCUUGGUAGAACACAGAACCUUGAGUCAAAUCCCGUGAAUUCUCAGUUCCCCAGAACGGUCAGCCUCACCUUUCAUUCUUGUACACAUUGGAGUAUAUCGUGCUUUGCUGAUCCAGAAUGUGUGGGAUGUUUUAGGACUCAGUGGUCAUUGAGGAUGUGGCUGUGGUCUUUAGCCAGGAAGAGUGGGCUUUGCUGGAUCUUGCUCAGAGGAAGCUCUACAGAGAUGUGAUGAUGGAAACCUUCAGAAACCUGGCCUCUGUAGAGAAGAAAGGACAGUGGAGAUGGGACCAGCCCUUCAUGGAGGGAAUUAUAUUGAAUCAGUCUCUCAAAACCUUAAUGAUGGAGAAAUGUUGUUCAAUGAGCAUGUAAUGGUGCGAUUCAUGAAGAACACCUGGUCCUCCAUAUUAGAAGAAAACUCUGAAUCGUGUGGCAAUCAAGAUCAGCAUAAAAACCAGAAGGGAUGUAUGAGCAUGUUGCCUAUUUUCAGCAGAAGUCAUACAGUGGAGAACCUCUGUGAAAAUAAUAAAGGCAGUCAGCCUGUGAAAACCUUCAGCUGGAUUCCAUAUCAAACUGUGCUAAAGAUCAGUCCUCAAGAGGUGAAUCCCUUUGAAUGCUGUGAGUGUGGAAAAGCCUUCAUGGAUCACUCAUCACAUAACCAUCAGGCCAGAUCUCACACUGGAUGCAAUACCUGUCACUCUAAGGAAUGUGGAGAAGCGUGCAAUUGUCCCCCUCACCUAGCCACUCCUCUAAGAACUCUUACUGGAAAUAAACUCCAUAAGUGUAAGGUAUGUGGGAAGGGCUUAAUUUGUAUCUCAGCCUUUAAGAAUCCCGUGACAACACUCACUGGUGACAAACGAUAUGAAUGUAGUGAAUGUGGGAAAGAUUUCUGUAGUUUAUCAUCCUUUUGGACACAUGUGAGAGAUCAUAGGCGUGAAUGUAAAGAAUGUUAUAAAACAGUUACUCAUCUUUCAUCCCUUAUUUUACAUAAAAAAUUUCAUAAUAGAGAUAAGCCUUAUGAAUGCAAGGAAUGUGAGAAAGCAUUUAGUGAGGCUUCAUCCCUCACUCAACGUGUAAGAACUAACAGUGGAGAGAGGCCUUAUGAAUGGAUAGAGUGUGGGAAAGCCUUUAGUCAGUCAUCACAUCUCACUACACAUAUAAGAACUCACGAUGGGCAGAGGCCUUAUGAGUGUAAGGAAUGUGAGAAAGCCUUUAGUCAGGCCUCAUCCCUUUGUCAACAUAGGACUCACACUGGAAUGAGGCCUUUUAAAUGUAAGGAAUGUGGGAAAGACUUUACAUGUUCCUCAUAUCUCACUAAACAUAUAAGAACUCACAGUGGAGAGAGGCCUUAUGAAUGUAAGCAGUGUGGGAAAACCUUUAUUUAUUCCCAUUACCUCACCGAACACAUAAGAACUCACACUGGAGAGAAACCUUAUAAAUGUAAUCAAUGUGGGAAAGCUUUUAGUCAGUCAUCACACCUCACUACGCAUAGAAGAAUUCACAGUGGAGAGAGGCCUUAUGAAUGUAAGGAAUGUGGAAAAGGCUUUAGGUGUUCUUCAGUCCUCACUACCCAUCUAAGAACUCACACUGGAGAGAGACCCUAUGAAUGUAAGGAAUGUGGGAAAUCGUUUAGUUAUUCCUCAGAUCUCCCUAGACAUAUGAGAACUCACAGCGUAGAGAGACCUUAUGAAUGUAAGGAAUGUGGGAAAACCUUUACUCAUUCCGCAUAUCUCUCUGAACACAUAAGAACUCACAGUGGAGAGAGACCUUUUGAAUGUAAGACAUGUGGGAAAGCGUUCAGUUAUUCCUCACAUCUCCGUAAACAUAUAACAAGUCACAGUGGAGAAAGACCUUAUGAAUGUAAGGAAUGUGGGAAAACUUUUACUCAUUCCUCCUAUCUCUCUGAACACAUAAAAACUCACAGUGGAGAGAGGCCUUUUGAAUGUAAGGAAUGUGGGAAAACCUUUAGGUAUUCCUCACACCUCACUAGACAUAUAACAAUUCACAGUGGAGAAAGACCUUAUGAGUGUAAAGAAUGUGGGAAAACCUUUAGUCAUUCCUCCUAUCUCUCUGGACACGUAAGAACUCACAGUGGAAAGACUACUCUAUGUCAAAAGUGGGAUGUUUCAUCCUUACUGCUACAAUUUCAAACAGCAAAUUGCCAAAAGUCUGUGAUUAAACAGCAGUUUCUCAGUGAGUAAGAAAACAGUAUGAAGUCAAAGGGUUAUUAGAGCUACUUUGUGUUUUUGAGAGAAAUGACAGUUUCAUUGUGACUGCUGUGCUGUCCUCAUCAGUGUCUGUUACGUUCUUAGUCUAAACUAAAUUUUACCUUCCUUAAAAUCUUCAGUUAUUACAAAUAAGGCUGCAGGGAAUAAUCUUGAACACAUCUGAUUUUAUACUUCUUAAUGUUUUAUUGAUAUUAUUUUGCAUACAAUAAAA